GCCCCAAGCUCUUUUCCAUUGCCAAUAUAUAUUACCAUUUUUUCUUUAUAUCUCUUUGUGCUUAUUUAUAAACAAAGAUCAAGAAAAAUGAAGAUGGUAUUGGUGCUUUUCUUGCUUGUUUCUCUUGCUCUCAGCUCUUGUUUCUUCGAGGUCUCGAUUGCCGGUUCGGAUUUUUGUGACUCAAAGUGUGCGGUGAGGUGCUCAAAGGCAGGGGUUCAAGACAGGUGUUUGAAAUAUUGUGGGAUUUGUUGUGAGAAAUGUCAUUGUGUUCCAUCUGGGACAUUUGGGCAUAAAGAUGAGUGCCCUUGUUAUAGGGACAUGAAGAACUCUAAGGGCAAAUCCAAGUGCCCUUAGAUGUUUUUUUCCCCAUAAUUACUUGUAUGUAUUUAUUUUGCCUUGAUACCCUUAUAAAGAUUUAACAAAUGAUGUUGUGGGAGGACCCUUAAUGUUAAAUAUGUAAAAUAUCCUAAAUGAAUAAAUUGGGUCCUUAGAUAUAUGAUUUAUGAA